CGACGGAGUGAGAAGAGUGAAGGCGAUUGAGAGGGGCUCAGGGAAUUGUCCUCUGUGCAAGGGACUUUCUUUAGGCUCCAGGCCCCUGCCUGCCCCUAUCGUCAGCAGAGAGAUGGAAACCUUGAUGACUAGCUCCACCCUGCCACCCCUUUUUGCAGAUGAAGAUGGCUCCAAGGAGACUAAUGAUCUGGCUACAACUGGGUUAACCCACCCAGAGGUUCCAUAUAGUGGUGGAGCCACAUCAUCCACCAACAAUCCAGAAUUUGUGGAGGAUCUCUCCCAGGGUCAGUUGCUUCAGAAUGAGGCCUCAAAUACAACAGAAGGCCCUGAACAGAGGCAUGAAGAUGAGCAAAGAAGUAAGCGAGGAGGUUGGUCCAAAGGAAGAAAGAGGAAGAAACCUCUUCGAGACAGCAACGCACCCAAAUCCCCCCUUACAGGAUAUGUUCGGUUCAUGAAUGAGCGUCGAGAACAGCUUCGAGCUAAAAGACCAGAAGUCCCAUUUCCAGAAAUCACAAGGAUGUUAGGCAAUGAAUGGAGUAAACUACCUCCUGAGGAAAAACAGCGCUACCUUGAUGAAGCAGACAGAGAUAAGGAGCGUUACAUGAAGGAACUGGAGCAGUAUCAGAAGACUGAGGCCUACAAGGUCUUCAGUAGGAAAACCCAGGACCGUCAGAAAGGCAAAUCUCAUAGGCAAGAUGCGGCUCGACAGGCCACUCAUGAUCAUGAGAAAGAAACAGAGGUAAAGGAACGGUCUGUUUUUGACAUUCCUAUAUUUACAGAGGAAUUCUUGAACCACAGCAAAGCUCGGGAGGCCGAGCUCCGCCAGCUUCGGAAAUCCAACAUGGAGUUUGAGGAGAGGAAUGCAGCCCUGCAAAAGCACGUGGAGAGCAUGCGCACAGCAGUGGAGAAGCUGGAGGUGGAUGUGAUCCAGGAGCGGAGCCGCAACACCGUCUUACAGCAGCACCUGGAGACCCUGCGGCAGGUGUUGACCAGCAGCUUUGCCAGCAUGCCCUUGCCUGGAAGUGGAGAAACACCUACAGUGGACACGAUUGACUCAUAUAUGAACAGACUGCACAGUAUUAUUUUAGCUAAUCCCCAAGACAAUGAAAACUUCAUAGCUACAGUUCGAGAAGUUGUGAACAGGCUUGAUCGUUAGGGAAUGGUCUUAGAGCUCCAUGAUGUUCUGUAAGUGGUUUUACUUGUGAGGAAUGAGAAGCCAUCCAUGGAAAUUUGAACUGAGUGGAGGCAGAGAGGGGGUACCAAUUGCUCUGCUUGGGAAAGCACUGUCAGUUAGGAGUUCAAUGCCUUCACCCCAGGAAGCAUAUGAGAGAGCAGCUAGAGGAACGUGGAUAUGCACUUCUGUGGAACCGUCCUUGUGCAGCUUUGAAAGCGUACACCCACUCUCCCGGGUCUUCGGUUUCCUGUCAUCUGCAUUUCUUUCUGAUAAAGUGGGUCUGCAUAGAUUCUGCCCACCGGCCGCCCUGACGCUGACCACUCCUGCAGCAGAAGGGAAGCCUUCUCAUUGCUCCACUUCACACGGGACCCUUUCCCAGUGGCUCCGGCUUUCUUACCUAGCUGUCACUUUUUUUUUAAUACCUUUGGGGGUGAUUUUUUUAUUUCCUUCACCCCCUCCAAGUUUGACAUCUCCAUUUUCUGACCUCUGGGGUCUGUUGCUCAGCAGGGCUCUGAAGGAGAGCCUCUCUCAUUGGACAGGCUUCUCCCAUCAUUGUCCUGCUGUGACUCCAAAGAAAGGAGCUUCUUGUCGACAGUGCCCUGUGGAGCGAGGCUGUGUUUCCGACCCCACACGGUGCUCAGUGGGUGCCGGCCCUCACCAAGGCUUUGUGAUUGCUGCCCUGAAGGAGAAUGCUCUUUCCUUCCUCCUUGCCACUGCCUGCUGUUUCCUAAGCAUUGCUCCUGCACAGACACCGUGUCCCAGCCCCAGCAAGGCUCUCUGUUCCCAUCUGUUGGCGAUGUCUUGUGGAGCAUUUUUGCUAAGGAAAAGGUCAUUGGCAAACAGGAGAGAAUGGGAAAAGUAGUUUCUCAUUUGGCAUUGAAAAAAAAAACAAACC